UGUGUGUUACAUACUAACAUUCAGUUAUUUAUUAUAAAAAUCAUUGUACACGUAUUAAAUAAUAUUACACUUACUGCUAAAAAAUGUCAGAUCCAACGGAAAACAUAUGUCCUGAGAUAAACAAGGAUCAAGUCGAGGACAUCUUGAAAAACGAUUACGGUUUUAUCAAUGGAAAAAUCCAGGAAUUGGAUGGUUACGAUGAUAAAAACUAUUACAUUACAGAUGUUGAAAAUUGCAUUGAAAAAAUUGAAUUUCCGGCUGACGGAAUAGUCAUAAAAUUCAUAAACUCAAUAGACUCGAAGAAUUUGUUACUACUAGAUGCACAAACCAAACUUACUCAGCAUCUUGAGCGUUAUGGAAUACACUGUCCAAUACCUGUGUUCAAUAAAUAUGGAGAAAGUUAUCGAUCUAUCAUUCUAAAUGAUAAAAAGCAUGCAGUCAAAGUCUAUAAAUAUAUAAAAGGAGAAACUAUGAACAAAAUUAAAAUUAAUUCUGAAUUAUCUGCCAAUUUUGGUUUUUAUGUUGGUAAUUUAACAUCAAUUUUAAAGAAAUUUGAUCACGAUGGAUUCCAUCGAAGUCAUUUGUGGGCUCUAGAGAAAUGUCCAGAAGUUCUAAAAUUUGUAGAUGUUUUUGAUCAAGAAAAACAGAGACAAACAAUUACAACAGUAUUAAACAAAUUUCAGUUUAAUGUUUUGUUAAAAGCUGACAGUCUUGAAAAAAGUGUUAUUCAUGAAGACCUCAAUAUGAAUAAUAUAAUCAUAAAAGACAACAAAAUAUUUGGUAUUAUAGAUAUAGGUGAUGUUGUCUAUUCAUUCACAAUUUUUGAUUUUGCUGUUGCAUUAAGUUAUCUAAUUAUGCACGAAUUUAAAGAAAAUAAUGCCAAGUUAUCUGAUAUACAAAUUAAAAGUUUUGUUGAAGCUUAUGAAAAACAGUACAGAAAUUUAAACGAUUUUGAAGUCUCAAUAAUACAUACUUGUAUAUGUGCCAGAAUUUGUCAAAGUUUGGUUUUGGGUAAAAAAUCAAGUCUGAGAGAUUUAUCAAAUAAUUAUGUAUUAUCUACACAGAAGAACGGAUGGAGGGUAUUAGAAGAAUUAAUGAAUAUUGAAGAAGAUAAAUUUGUUAUGUUACUGAAAAAUUAAUUCGAGAAAAUUAUAUUUAAAAAAAUUUUACCAUCAUUAUUGGAUUUAGAUUUAUAUAAAUUAAGACAAUUCUAUAAAUACUAUCAUUUGAUACAUCAAUUAAUCACAAAUUAAUAAAUUGUUACUUAAUAUGCUA